GGUUUAUUAUAUAAAGGAAAACGACUAAUAUAUUUCUUUCAUUUUUGUUCGUAAUAUGCGUAAUUUUGAUUAUCCCUAUACUAUACACUUUUACUCUAGACACAUGUAUAUAGUUGGCCCUCCAACAAAAUAAAGAAAUCAAGAGAUAAAAGAGAAGUCUCUCCAAGAUUAUGAGUGAAGAAGACGGCGGCUCAAUGAGUGUCAAAAGCAGUCUCUCAAGCUUCCUCAAGAUCUUAUCUUCUUACAAUUCCAAUGUUCUUUUAGCUGCUCUAGUCUUCCUUCUCUUAGUCGUCCUCUUCGUCUUGCUUCUCCAUUUCUACGCUCGCUUUUUCUGGUCUCCCUCUCAUCAAGAUUUCUCCGCCGCCGCUAGACAUCGCCGGAGAAGACGAAGAAACCGGAGAAGAACAGUGACGACAACAAGAAUCAUACCUUCUCUCCCACUCGGAGGUUUUGAUGAUGGAGUAUCUUCUCCAGCUGCUACUGCAACAAGGGAUGACAAAGGUUUGGAUUCUUCAGUGAUUUCUUCAAUUCCUCUGUUUGUUUACGAAGAAAACGAGGAAGAGGAGGAUGAAGAAGAAGAGUGUGUGAUAUGUUUGGGGUUAUGGGAAGCUGGAGAUUUUGGUAGAAAGUUGAGAAAUUGUGGACAUGGGUUUCACGUAGAGUGUAUAGAUAUGUGGUUGUCCUCUCAUUCCACGUGUCCUCUCUGUCGAUCCCCUGUUCUUGCCGCCGUCUCCGAUGAAGAAAAUCUUAAGCUGGCCGUUAACGCCGUCGAAGAAGAAGCAGAGGUUAGAUUACAAAUGUCUCCAGCGGGAGAAAACGAGAGCAACGUCUCCGGUGAUCGGAGAGUUUCACUGUCUCUUUCUGUAAUGGAAGAUGAUCUCAAAACAGGGGAUGACGAUGGAGAAGAAGAGGUUAGAAUUGAAGUGUUUGAUGAUGAUGAGGAGAUCAACGAUGGAGGAACAAGAAGUGAUCGGAGAAGAUCAAUGUCAAUGACGUCAUCAGCAUCGAGUUCGUUGAUGAGGAUGUUAAGUAGUAGUAGUAGUAGAUCGGAGCGUAACAAAGUGUUCCCGACGGCGAGGCAAGAUUCAUCUAAAUAGAAAUAUUAUUAUAUAUAGACAAGUAAAAAUGUUGUUGUGAACAAUUUUGGAAAUGGAAUAUGAAUAACCAAAAGCCUCGUGUGGUUAAAAAACAGAAAGAUGUUUACAAAAGAGGUAAUCUAUUUGAUUAAGCUUUUGGUUGAAGAUUUAAAGCUAAUGGAGGCAAAAUCUAAUAAGGUCAUGUAAUCUUAAUUAAAUUGUAAUAUGUAAUUAGAUCUCAUGUAAAAUAUGGAGUUGUGUGAUUUUGAAAGAUGAAAAAAGCGUAGAGAGCGACAGUGAAAGAAUCUCAGAGGGCAACAUCACUCACUUCUCAUUUGGUUGGGUUGGGAUCAAAAGCAAACUAACUACUGUUGAACUUAUUGUUGCAAACUUAAAAUUAUGCUUUUGUAUUUUCCAUUAUUCUUGGCCUCUUCUUCUAUCUUCCAUAUCAUUUCAUAUUCGGUAGGACACC